AUGCUGGCAGCGCAGCACCUCGCCGCAGAUGUCCUGGAGGCCCCAAUUGCUUGGUUCGGCGGUUGGUCUUCCCGCGAUGUCUCGAGCUGCUCGGAUCUCUCUUGCGUUUGGUCUCGGCACGUUCGCGGUCGGCGAGCUUUCAAGGCCAGCUUCACGCAGCCGUGGAAAGGCGGGGAGCACGCUCAGAGUGCGGAGCAUGCUGCAGAAGUCUGCAUCCAUCAUCAGCUGCUUAGCUGGCUCUUUUUUCGGGUGAAGCCCUUCUCGCCAGCGGCGUUCGCGCUCAAUCAACACGUCAUGACGAUCCUGGGCUCCGAGGUCAUCUUUAAGUUCGGGCCAGAUGCUUUGCCGCAGGGGCUGGACACACACCGUCAGCGCUACGACACUCCGGAUGGUGAUUUUUUCGACGUCGACUUCACAGCUGCGGCCGGUCCUGCCGUGGGUGCCAUCACGUCGGAGCGACCAGUGGUGAUCUUGCUACACGGACUGGAAAGCAACUCCCGCACAGCAUUCUGCUGCCGCUCGGCGCGCGCCUUCCAAAGCGAGGGCUUCGACGUGGCUGUGCUUUGCUUCAGAUCUUGCUCUGGAGAGAUGAAUCGGACAGCCGGCUUCUACAAUGUAGGCUUUACCGACGACCUAGUGCAGCUCUGCACGGAGCUGCAUACCUCCCCGUCGCGGCAGAUCUUCCUGUCGGGCUUCUCUUUGGGAGGCAACGCCAUCUGCAAGUUGCUUGGCGAGCUUGGGGAGGACGUGGCUUCGUUGGGUAUCAAGGGCGCGGCCGUUUGCAGCGUCCCUUUCAUGCCAGAGGUGUGCUCUGCCGCCAUGGAUGCUGGCAUGGGACGCCUCUACGCAUGGAACUUCCUGAAGUCGCUGAAGCCAAAAGCGCAAGCGAAAGCUGAGAUCCUGAAAGCGAGAGGAGAGCCGGUGCCAUACGACUUGGAGAAGACGCUGCAGGCAGAGACCAUUGGUGACUUCGACGACGCGUGUGUGGCCCCCCUGUACGGCUUCAAAGACAAGCUGGACUAUUACCGGACUCAGGGAUCCAUGCGCUUUCUGAAGCAUGUACAAGUACCUCUCCUGGCAAUGAAUGCAAAGGACGAUCCGCUGGUCGACCCAACGAGUUUGCCAACUUCCGAGCAGGUGUCGGAAGCAGUGCUGCUGUAUUUUCCAGAGUUUGGAGGCCAUUGUGCGUUCAUCUCAGACGACUCCACUGGUGAUCCACGGAAUUAUUGCCCCAAGCUGCUGGCAUCUUUCCUCAGGCAUGUCUAUGACUCGGGAGAAAAGCUGUGCCAUAGACCUGAGUAUGAGGGAUUCGACCGAGCGAUUCGGGACGAGGUACUCAUGGAGAAGAUGUUUUUGAGCUUCAACGAGGGCAUCAAUGACAAGCUUCAGUUCGUUCAGGAGGAUGAGUCAGAGACGAUGGAAAUGCUCAAGAAGGACUUGCCUCUUCAGUACACGUGGAGUGUGUGGGAGCAAGUAACCUCGGAUGGCAAGGUUGAUGCGAACUAUUCACAGAGGACGCAGAAGGUGGCGAGCUUCGGGACAGUCCAGGAUUUCUGGAGGCUGUGGAACCACGUGCCGCAGCCCAGCACGCUGCUCGAAUCCAAGCGGAUUGUGCGAGAGCAGCAUGACGGACUGCACGUGAUCGAUGCGCUCAUGAUUUUCAGAGACAACAUCCGUCCUGAGUGGGAAGACCCAAUGAAUGCCAAAGGCGGCCACUUUCAGUUCCAACUGAAGCCUGGAGCUGGUCCCGGUCAGAUCGACGAGUAUUGGAACAAUUUGGUGCUUGGCAUCAUUGGGGCAACAAUCGAGCCGCCAAAUAUGAUCACAGGAGUUCGGCUCGUGGACAAGCUCUCCGGACCUCGGGCCGCCGGUGUGCUCCGUAUUGAGGUGUGGUUCACAGAGUCCGAUGACAAGGAUGCUGUUGGAGCGCUGAGGAAGAAUGUGGAGACCUGCAUGGCACAAAAGCUGGAUGGUGGGAAGGGCGCGGUGCGCCACUGA